AUGCUACGACUCUCCUCCCUUUUAAUGACUGCUGGUGCAUUGUUGCUCGCUAGUCAACAAGCACAAGCAGCCAACCAACGUGCUCAAGUCGUUGAUGCUACCAACUUUUGUACGUUCUUGCCGCCCGUUGACGAAGCUGAUCGAGAGAUCUCGGACACCGAGUGGAAUGCCCAAGCGUUUUGUAUGGGUGAUACACCUGAAGCUGAAAGUGCUGGAGCCAUUCCUGAUGGUUUCAUUCAAUCGGCCCACUUUGUUGCAACCGAUGACUACGUUCAAAUUACUGGUCAAAUUGAUCCCACCAAGGCUAACUUGGAUAUCAAGGAUUGGGGAGGUCAAUAUGAUGUCAAGGCACCUGAUGGUUCCAAAUGUGCCGGCUGGACUUAUUACGUUAAUUUGAUUGAGCCUGCCAGCUACACUUGGUGUAUUCGUUGCUGCAAUGAUGACAGGCUGUGCAACCGUGGUAUUAGUGAGAAGGGCUGUGAGCACAUUAUCCCUGGUGACUACAGUGGUCCUAUGGAUACAUCCAUUACUGCUCCAGCUGGUGGUAGCGGAAGUGCUGCAAGCAAUCCCACCACCAGUGCCCCUACUACAACCAGCGAUUCCAGUGAUUCAAACUCCUCAUCAGCUUCGCAAACAUCUACUCCAACAAGCAGCAGCAGCAGCAGCAGCAGCAGCAGUGAUGCUGAUGGUGAUAAGAAUAAUGGUAGCAACGGCAAUGGUGAUGGCAACUCGUCUCCUUCAUCUAGCAACAACCCAUCCACCGGCAAUGGUAAUGGUGACAACAACGGCAACGGUGGUGAUCAAAAUGGCUCUAAUGGUGCUGACAAUGGCACCUCUGCUCAACCAUCAGCUGCUCAAUCAUCCGAUAAUGCCGAUCCUAAUGCAUCUGCUUCAUCAUCGGAUUCUGCUGCUAGUGUUGCUCCUUCGUCCUCGAUUGCAGUUUCUUCUUCGGCCGCAAUUUCUUCCUCGUCUUCUCAACCAGCUCAAUCAUCUCCUGCUGCUAGUGCUUCUGACAACAAUAAUGCCCAAUCCUCUGACAGCGUUACUGCUCAAGAGGCUGAUGAUCAAGAAAGCAGCGCCAACAUUAUGGGCUAUUCUUCGACAUUGAUCGUUUCAACUUUGGUGUUGGUCAUGGCCAUGUCUUUGUAG